CAAUUGUCAUCUCCUGCAUGGGGCACUGCCCCUGUGUCCAAAGUCAAGUCGGAGAUGAACCAGCACUAUCUUCAUGGAUUCACGACUUUUGGAUGAAAUAACCUUUCGGCCAAGCAGACGCCCUUCAUUGCCGUUACAUCCACCGCUCUGCGCUACAAAAUGGUGCAUAUUCACGGAAUCUCACAUCCCAUACAGCCGUUCCCGAGUAGAGGAUGCUGUGCGUGAGCGUAUGCGCAGAACCAUGGGGGACACGAUUGACAUACUUCAAGUACACUGGCAACAUUAUGACAACCUGGACUAUCUCAAUGUGUUCCGAUACCUGGUUGAUAUUAAACGUGAUGGCAAGCUCAAAGUCAGGGCUUUAGGCCUUGUCAACUUUGACUCUCAUCAUGUCAACGAAAUCUGCGAAACUAUCGGUCCCGGUGAACUUCUUACUAAUCAAGUGCAGUUCUCUUUAAUCGAUGUCCGGCCGCUCUAUCGCAUGGCCAUUGUAUGUAAGAAACAUGGCGUUAAGCUCCUGACAUAUGGCACAUUGUGCGGUGGAUUCCUUUCUGAUUUCUGGUUAGGGAAGCCUCAACCAGACUCAUAUAAGGAUAAAAUAACGCCUUCUCAGCGGAAGUAUCUCGACGUCAUCAACGGAUGGGGAACAUGGGAUCUCUUUCAAACUUUGCUCACAAGCCUUCGAACGAUUGCAGAUCGCCAUGGGGGCUUGAGUAUCGCGAAUGUAGCUACUCGUUGGGUGCUGGAUCAUCCUUUUGUAGGGGCUGUUAUUGUUGGUGCCCGACUCGGAGUAGCCCAGCACUGUGAAGAUAAUGCCCAGACCAUCACGACUAGUUUCCAUCUGACGGCUGAAGACAAUCAAAUCAUCUUGAACAUCUUAGCACAGUCCAAUGGUGGGAGGCUCAUCCACAUGAUGGGAGAUUGCGGUGCUGAGUACCGUUAAAGCCGAA